UUUCAUACAUACCUGAAAAUGGCCACGAAGAGAAUCCCUGUCAUCAUCGACACAGAUCCUGGAGUGGAUGAUGUCCUGGCGAUCUUGCUGGUACUAGCUUCCCCAGAACUUGAGAUCUUGGCAUACGUGGUCUCCUUCGGAAAUACGGAUGUUCACGCCGCAUAUGAGAACAUAUAUAGGUUAUAUCAAGCCGUUGGUCGUCAAAUCGCUUCGCAUCCCGAAGACAAAGCACGAUUUCCCAACUUUUCCCCGGAAGUACCCCCUAUCCUUGUCUUGGGCCCUGAUGGUCCGCUCGAGGGAGGACGUCACCAUGCACAGUACUUUCAUGGUAGGGAUGGUCUAGGUGACGUCUCCCAAAGUCAUCCGGACUUGAACGUACACUCGGAAGACAGAAGUAAUGUCUUUCGUGGGAACUUUUCAGUCACGACGAAGUCUGCAGUAGAGGUCGUCCUAGACUUGCUGCAGUCCAAACCAAAACGAAGCAUAACCUACAUUGCCCUCGGGCCUCUCACGGGGCUUGCACUACUUCUGCGCGGACAUGGGGCAGUCGUACGGGAGAAUAUUGGUCGAGUCGUUAUCAUGGGCGGUGCUUUGGAUGUCCCAGGAAAUUCGACCCCUGUAGCAGAAUUCAACAUAUAUGCAGACGCGCAUGCAGCUAACGAAGUGCUUAGCUUUGACACCUCAGAGCGCGGCCUCCCUCCAAACAGGGUGGUUUUACUUCCUCUGGAUAUCACAACCGUUCAUGAACUUCGGUUCCCUUUCUACGUCAAGCAUAUAGAUCCGACUUUUGAAUCGACUCGCAAACCAUCCGUUGCAUCUACAAAGUCACCUCUUGUUCAUUUUUCGAGCGCUUUCUUUGAACGGACUCGAGAGGUUAUGAUAGAAUUUGGAAAGGACGCCAUGGAACUACACGACAUCGUUGCCAUCUGGUGUGCUCUAGAAAACCCUCCAGAUCCGACAGACAACGACGAUGGCCUGCCGGUCAUGUCCUCUAGCUGGGUAGUCGUGAAACGCAAGUUUGCUAUCGAGAGAACCGGAGAGCUUACAACAGGGAUGAUGGUCGUUGACCGAAGGGAUGACCCGACGGCAUACGCUCCUGGUUCGAACCGGGCCCAAGUUCAGUCUCUGUUAGAGCGGUAUCACCAGUCGCAUGGCCUACUGGAGUCGAUCGCACUGCCGGCGCAGGUGGAAACUGAGGAUCUCAUCCUUCCAAGCUCUAGGACCAUUUCACGGAGUGGUAUACCGUGUGUGGUGCAGACUCCAGGUGCGGAUGCACUUCUAUGUCUGUUAACAAAAAGAGUAUGGGGAGUUGAUGUCUGAGUGAGCGACAAUAUGGUUGUCCAUACGUUGUACGUGUUCACCAUGGAGCAGUGGUUUCGGAACUGGGUAGUCAGUCACACGGCAACGAGGCAUAUACGAGGGUGCUAUACAUCUUUCACGGACCAUUUGAAGCAGUAUGUCAGCACUGAUGCAUCGUGGACCCGGUUGAAAGCAAACUACCUG